AUGGAAACGAUGUUGGAACGGACUUUGCAGAAAGAGUACGAGACUGCUUUGGAGCACGAAGGGGUCGUGGAGGAAUAUGAAGCUCGUCUGAAUUCCCGAGAAGACAUCAUUGUCUCUCUUAGGAAGGAGAGCGAGUGGAUGGUAGAUGAUUUGAGGAGGGCGCGAUGCUUUCUGCCACUCAAGAGGGUCAACCCAUUGGAGGACGUAUUUCGGCAGUCCCAGGAGGACGAGCUCCUCCUGUCCUAUCUAUCUCGUUCAAUGGUGGAGAAAUCCACCAUUGAGAUUCAGCGAGAUGGUAGGACGUUCUUGACGCUCCUAAUGGUCGACAAUACGACCAUUAGUGGUUUGAUGGAGCGCAACGACGGAACCCCCUACAACUGGGAGGAAGUCGAUGACGACAACGUUUGGAGGGGGGACCGGCCAGGAAUGAAACUCCACUUCGGGCAUAUAACUAUCAUAAACCUAGGAGGAUUUAUGUACAUGCCUCCGAGGAUGGCUGCGUUGCUGAAGCGCAGUGUUGAGAACAUCAGUGGCGUCUACUUCGUCAAUCUCCUCGGGCUCGAUACAGUCAUUCGGGCUCUGGAUGCUGCCAAUAAGCCGUGGAGGAAUAUGUAG